CGUACUGGCGCAGUUGUUAUGAAUGGUUCAGUCGCACUCCUCCAUCGGAACACUACAGGUGGUGGACUGUUCCAUCCAAACCGGUCUCGAAUCGUUCCGUCGUCGUCGUGAUUCUACGCCGUGAGUGAAAUAUUAUUGUCCGUUCGUUUGAUUCCAGAUUCGCUCUCCCGUGACGUAGCAUUGCGUUGCGUCGCGGUGCCGCGUACGUCGCCUACUUCUCUUCGCGUUUGGCGCGUUGCAUCGCCUGAGUUUAGUUGCCCGUACGCGUGGAGUUGACUCUCGAGCAAUGCGAUGGAGCAAUGUGUGUCGAAGUAACAUUCAACAAUAUUGUGUCAAAGCUACAUUAAUAAAACCGUGCCGUGUGUUUUGUAAUUUGCAUAUUUUUUUCCCGAUGAGGAGCAUACAGGAGGGGAGCGGUGCCAGAGUCCCCCUUUUCCCCAUCGUCCAGUGCAGUGUUUGACGAUAUGUGAGACAAAACGGGGAGCCCGCUUGCUAUAGUUACGAGGUGGAGUAAACAAGUUGGAUUUCUUUAUUCAGCACUUGGCGGAAGCAACGAAGAUUUGUUUUUGUGAUAAAUUAGGGAAAAUGUGCUAAACCAAUUUGCGAAUUUCGGGUCUUCUUAGUGCUAGUGAAUCUCCGUAAAAAUCUCAAAGCAACGACAGCAGCGAAAACAGUAGCCCUUCUGGCACCACACAAUGGUGGAAGUGAAGUUUUUGCGUGCGUUACCGCAACCGAAAAAAGCAAACAUCCGCAACGCUCCAGCUGGAUAAUGCGGCAAGGCUGAUACCAAGUGCCGAAAGAACGCAAAAUCCCACGCAACGGUUCUAAUUUCGGCAGCCGAAAUUCGAUUAGUGGAUUUACAGUGCAGUGGAAGCGCACCAGGUGCGCGUGUUCGUGAUUUUGUUUGGCUUGCGUGAACUGUUUUUCAAAUUAAGCUUCCCAUUCCUCGGGAACAAAGGGGGCAAUCAAUCGGAAUUCGCAUCCAAUCAGCGCGAAUCCGCGGAGGAACUGCAGAUGCAUCUCUAACUAGUGAAUGACGGGAAAUAGAGAUCCGAUCGGACGAAACGCGCAAUUCCAUACGAUAAUAACCAAAGGUAACAAGUAGGCAACGCCCUACAAGGACGAGCAACAAUCCUUGCAUCAUCAUCAUAGUAGCCCUCGCCAAUCCGCACUGACCUACUUUGUUGGUCGACCAGAGAGCAGAAAAAGCGGCGCUUCCCCAACACACACCAACCCCGGUCAAUAAUGCUGACGGGCAACAAUGGCAGCCAUUGCGCCCAGUAUCUACGCUGCCAUCGUGACCUGUCUGGGGUUUGCGUGCUUCGCGCUGAGUGCCACCGCCGUCGGACUUCCCGCGUGGGGCCGCUUCCGAAACACCGACGGUUACGAGGACCAGGGCUACUUCGGGCCGUGGCGACUCUGCCGGCAGCUUUCCUAUAGGUACCGGGAGAAGUGCGGACCCGAGGUGUCCUACUUUCGACCUUCAGAUGCCAUCUUCGUGUCCGGUCUGCUGGCGACGUUCGGCUGCAUUGCAUUCGGGUUCUACUGCAUCCUGUGCAUACUGCAGAUCGCGAUGAUUUCGUCCCGGGAGAAGGUCGUCCUGCGGUACACUACUCUAGUCGUUCUGAAGUUGCUGCUGGCGGUGGUCGGAGCGGUCCUGGCCCUGAUUGCCAUUAUCGUCUUCGGUGUGUCGUCCGACAACAGCCGGGGUCAGUUCAGGGUGACCCGCGAAGCACCGUUCUACAUCCAGCUGACGGUGGUGGUGCUUGCCAUUUGUCUUGCCAUGUUGGCCGUUUACGAUCUGAUUCUGGCUCGUAAGCCCAGCGGCGAUCCAACGAUGCUGCCGACUGGAUCCGGCCACAGUGGACGGUCCACUCCGACGACCGUCAUCAAUCCGGGCUACCGAGAUACGCCUCGGGGGAGAGGCAGUCGAGUUGGAAUCUCCGUGACGGAUUCAUCCGGACGGCCGUACACCGGAAGCAGCGCCACCGUCAGCGGAAGUGUCCAAUCGAUGAACACCACCGUAACGUCGGUCUCCGCCUCAACGGUCAGCACCACGCGGACCCCACUGAGGUCCAGCCUGAAGAAGCCACGACCCCCGGGAAGUGCCGAUGCGCUCGGCAUCCAAAAUCCGGGCUUUUCCGGUUCCAGCCAGUCUCCGCGACUUUCGCGCAACGGAAGCGUCAAGAAGGUUCGCAUACAAACCCACGAUACCGAAGUGUAGCACAUAAGUAGGCGAGGCGCGUCUCCGUAGUAACGCGUAGGUAGUUGCAUUUGCAUUCGAUCUAGAUCUAGGCUAAUCUCGGGUAAAAUGAUCCAGAUGUAAGAUAGAAAACGGUUUCAUUCUAGCUAGAAUAGAAUAGAUUUCAUUGAUGAGGAAGAUGUCACUGGAAUUGCCAGUUCAUCAAUAGCGGAAACUUCAAGGUCAGUCCGUCCCGUGUGUAUUGCGGACAUGAUUGUAUAGCUUUUGAUAUAUUUAUAUUCAUAUACAAACACAUCACGAACAUAAAUCAAAACUCGUCUAGAGUGCAACUUUGUCGUCGAAGCUUACAAAUUUAGCAGUUAACUUGCCUAGAGAGCACCGAUUCACUAGCUCGUAACAGAACCGCACUUCAUCCAGAAGCUAGUUUAACGAGACAAACUGUCGUCCGCCUGUGGAGGACAAGUUGUCUUACAAUAUUUAAAUAGCAUGUAAGCAACAUUGAAAUCGAAAUGUACAAAACACACCCAUCUCAGCUAAGCCUAUAGAAAAUAACGAGAAGCGUCCCUUUGUCGGGUGGCAAAGACUACGUACGAGCUUCAAAUCGAUUCAACGUUACAAAAUUUAACGAUUCGCCUCGUAAGAUGUGAAGCGCGCGAAAAUAUGCAGCAAUGUGACCGAGUAGGCGGCGCCUGCCAGACGGUGGCGUCAUCUGUUUGCAAUACAUUUUAGUCUGUAAAAUUCUCUUCAAUAGAUGUCAUGCCGUCCAGAGACAUACAUACACAAACGCAAUCGAAACGGUUCCAAAGGAACAGACUUUGUUUAGCGAUAUGCAACGUUGUAUUUUCGUUAGUUGUUAGCAGUGUUUUUUUACGUUUUGUUUUAUUUUGUCCAGUAAAAUAUAUUUAAGUUGACUUUUUUUACAUAAUGUUAAGACAUUCAAAUCAUACUAAAUCAGCAAAGAGUAUAAUCAUCUCUACGGGAAGACAGUGCA